UGUAAUAUAUAAUACAAUAUAUAAGGAGGAUAUUUCAAACUGUUAGCCGUUUUGAAUAGAAUAUAUGUGUAAAUAUAUAUCUUUUUUUUUUUUCAAAAAUAGAUAACAAACCCAGCAUUUAUAAACGUUCAAGAAAAGUGAAACAUACGUUCUGGACUGGUAACGACAUUGUGGUGACUUUUGCAGGGACUUGUACCGGCACUGCGGUGAAUUUUGCAGGGACUGGUACCGACAUUGCGGUGAAGUUUGCAGGGACUGGUUGAAGUCGUGUCUUUUUCAAACCGGAAACGGAAAUGUCUUUCCAGAUCAUACUCGACAACCUCAGUGGUGUCUUCUACUCCGGUCAGGCUGUCUCAGGCAGAGUCGAACUCGUUGUCCAGGAUGAGUUGAAAAUCACAGCAAUCAAUUUUAUUGCCAAGGGACAAGCGAAUGUCCACUGGCAAGAAGGAAGUGGCGAGCAUACAAGGCAUUACUAUGGCCACGAGAAAUAUUUCCACAAUAAAUUGUGCCUCUUUGGGAAACAGCAAACUGGAGCGAACAGUGUAAAAUUGGCAGCGGGUCAUUACAGCUACUCUUUUAGUGUCCAGCUUCCACCAAUCUUACCGUCGUCGUACGAGGGGUGCACAGGACAAGUGCGAUAUUCCUUAAAGGCACACAUCGACAUUCCAUGGGCGUUUGACAAAUAUACUAAAAGGAUGAUAACGGUGGUCAACCCGCUUGAUUUAAACACCUUACCUAAUGCACAGGCUGGCGCAUCAAAUUCAGGCCAAAAGAGACUAUGCUGUUUAUGCUGUGAAUCAGAUCCUAUAUCUGCCACUGUCAUGGUCGAUCGUACAGGUUAUGUUCCAGGAGAAUAUAUAAAUUUCCGAGCAGAAGUCAACAACCAAAGUAAAAGAACUAUGACAUGCACUAAAGCAAAACUGGUGAUGGAAGUAACUUACCAUGCCACAUCAAAGUCAAGGACAGUUAAACAUAGAAUAACGAAACUGAAACAUGGCGAGUUAAAAGGCGGAGACACUGAUGUUUGGACGAAUGAAAAAUUGCACGUGCCAUCCGUACCACCUUCGUUUCUGCGGGGCUGUACUAUAAUUGAUAUCAAAUAUUACGUGACGAUAGUAGCUGAUCCGUCAGGAGUAGGUUUCGAUCUCGAGGUUCCGGUAGAGGUGGUGAUAGGUAGCAUACCUUUGGCUUCAGUUGCGGAACAACACGGUUUCUCUCUACCAACGCAAACGCAAUUUGAUGUCCCUCCGCCGCCAGUGGGAGCACCUCAAGGACUUUACGCUGACACUUCUAUACCUACAAAAAAUCCACAAGUCUCACUGUCUGAAAGUGCAAUGGGACGAGUAAAAAUCAAAGAAGGUAAAGAAGGAUCGGGGACUGUGGAUUAUGCUCCCGUUUACACAUAUUAUAACUGGGACAAGCCAGACGUCGACAGCAUGUUCACUGUGCAGCGCCAGUGACAUUAAACUAUUCAAAUGCUUGCGGUGUAUGAAUUUUCUAACCUGCUUACUGGUAUCUGAUGAAUUUAGAGGGAUCGUAAUCAUACCAGAAUUAGUGUACAUAUUCAUGUUUACUAAUACACUGUGCAUUACGUUGCAAUGAAAUAGUUUCAAUAGAUGUGACCUCUAAAUAGAAUUCUUAUCGCUGUUCAUGUAUAUAUCCAAAUAAGUAGUAUUGCACUAAAUGUACCAUAGACAUCUGAUAUUGCUACCUAAUAUGUACCCCCUAGGUAUUAUCAGUAUAUUCUAGUCUCACUGUUAUCAAGUGUAAUGGUACUGGAACAAGGCAGUCUGAAAGACAGCUAUAUCCCCCGCCGCUGUUCUGGAUAGUAAAAGGGUUGACGGUAUUGGGCGGAAGGAGUGACGUUGUUAAGUAUAUUUUAUAGACUAUGUAUGAAGACAUCAAUAAAUUUGAAAAUCCUUCAAGGGGUUUAGGAGAUAAAGGACGGACACGAAAUGGAAGGCUCAAACCUUUUACCUUGAGUUGUGACCUUGACCUUGAGCCAAUAUGGCUGAUUCACGAGUUCUGCACAUCGUCAUGAUGAGGUGUUCAUUUGACACAAGUUUCAUGAAAGUCCAUCGAGGGGUUUAGGAGAUACAGAAUUCAAACCUUUGACAUUGAGUUGUGACCUUGACCUUUAGCCGAUAUGGCUGACUCUUGAGUUCUGCAUGUCGUCUUGAUGAGGUAUCCAAGUUUGAUGAAAAACCUUCAAGACGUUUAGGAGAUACAAAGUUCAAGCCUUUAACCUUGAGUUGUGACCUUGACCUUGAGCCAACAUGGCUGACUCAUGAGUUCCGCACAUUGUUUUGAUGAGGUGAUCAUUUGAUCAAAGAUUUUUGAAAAUCGUUCAAAGGGUUUAGGAGAUACAGAGCGGACACAAAAUGGAAGGCUCAAACCUUUGACCUGGAGUUGCGACCUUGACCCGACAUGGCUGACUCAUGAGGCUUAUGUUUUAUGAAAAUCCUUCAAGGUGUUUAAGAGAUACAGAGAGGGCACAACAUGGAAGACUCAAAACUUCGACCUUGAGUUGUUAUUUUGACCUAAGCCGACAUGGUUGACUCAUAAGUUCUGCAUAUUGUCUUGAUAAGGUGACCAUAUGACCCAAAUUUCAUGAAAAUCUUUGGGUAUAUAAACUCAGCAGAGUCUGGCACAACGGUCGUGACAACAGAAACUAUUAUUCAGAAUACUUGAUAAAUAUUUUGACUUGUUUUGCCUAUUUCAAGGAGUGAAUGAAUAUCUAAUGAGAUUUUACCUCAAUAACACUUGAUGGUAAUGAACUGAUACUUGGUAUUUAAUACAGUCCUAGGCUAUUGAAUUGAAAUAAGCUAGAAUUUGAAUUAUUAAGAUGAUGCAUUUAAGAAUAUUUAAAUAUUGAAUGUCAUUUACGCAAAAUCAAAUCAUUCAC